GAGCUGCUGGUGGUGGCAUCGGGCUGCAUUCCUUGCAUUCUUCCGCCGGCACCGCAAUGAGCAACUUCAGGUUCACUGAGCUGAGUGGAUUCCACUCGCCGUGCCCUCGGCGUCCGUGCUCCAAUCUCCCGCCCAGUCCCAAACAUACAGCGCGCUAACAGCAAGCUGCCCGCCUUUGAAGAGUAGCACGCAGAGAGAGUCAAAGAAGACCUUAAAUUCUGGAGAAAAAUGACCUUUCAAGGAAUACAAAGUAUACUUCCUGCCGCAUGUUUUUGUCUUCCUGACCUCUGAUGACUGAAACAUACGGCCCUGGGCCUGCAGAGAGUCCAUUGAUUCUCAAACUCCUCAUCAUGCAUCAACUGUUCAGACUGGUGUUAGGACAAAAAGAUCUUUCACGAGCUGGGGACCUCUUCUCCUUAGAUGACUCCGAGAUUGAAGACAGCCUGACAGAAGCUUUGGAGCAAAUUAAAAUAAUUAGCUCAUCUUCGGAUUACCAGACCAAUAGCAAUGACCAGGCCGUGGUUGAAAUCUGUAUCACGAGAAUCACGACAGCCAUCAGAGAGACAGCGUCCAUUGAGAAGCACGCCAAGGCCCUUGUGGGGCUCUGGGACUCCUGCCUGGAGCAUAGCCUAAGACCCUCUGGGAAAGACGAUGACGCCCCCCAUGCAAAAAUUGCUUCUGAUAUCCUGAGUUGCAUUUUACAGAAUUACAACCGGCCCCCUGUGAUGGCCUUAGCCAUCCCCAUCGCAGUGAAAUUCCUCCACAGAAGCAACAAGGAACUGUGCAGGAAUAUGUCCAACUACCUGUCCCUGGCUUCGAUCACCGAGGCAGCUCUCCUGGCUGAUCACACAGACGUUAUAGUAAAGAGCAUACUCCAAGGCAAUGCUAUGUUAUUGAGGGUGUUGCCCGCUGUGUAUGAAAAGCAGCCUCAGCCAAUCAACAGACACCUGACAGAACUCCUGGCCUUGAUGUCUCAGCUGGGACAACCAGAACAGUACCAUCUUCUCCGGCUUUUGCAUGUAGCCGCAAAGAGAAAGCAACCAGAGGUGGCUCAGAAGUGUAUUCCUUUCCUAAUCAGGCAUUUGAAAGACUCAGCCCAUAAUGAUGUCAUCCUAAACAUCCUCAUAGAGAUAGCAGGCUAUGAACCUGUGGCUUUGAACAGUUUUCUUCCAAUGCUGAAAGAGAUUGGUGAGAAAUUCCCCUACCUCCUCGGACAAAUGGCGAGAAUCUAUGGAGCUGUGGGGCACGUGGAUGAAGAGAGAGCCAGGAGCUGCCUGCCAUUCCUGGUGAGUCAGUUGGCCAACAUGGAACAUUCGUUUCAUCAUAUUCUCCUGCUGGAGAUUAAGAGCAUCACUGAUGCUUUCUCCUCCCUCCUGGGGCCUCAGAGCAGAGAUAUCUUCCGCAUGAGCAACAGCUUCAGCACCAUUGCCAAGCUCCUUACCCAACAACUGGAAACUGCCACGGCCAGAAGCAGCAGGAAAAAAACUAGCACUGAGGUUGAAUUCCCCAAGAAACUGGAGGAAAUCAAGCUCACUUUGGCUGAAAAGGAAGACCAUGAAAAGCUGCAAGUUAAAAUACAGGCUUUUGAAGACAAAAUAAAUGCUGAGAACAGUACUCCUAACUCUAUCAGAAGAUAUAGUUUGGGCCAAUUUUCUAAAGAAGAAAGAAAAGACAUUAGAUUUAACAGGUCAAAGAGUUUGGCUUUGCGCGCAGUGCUGACAAGGAGCACGAGUUCAGAUGAUGGGGAAGUCGCCGAGGGUGAAGACACGCCGGCCAGGGUCUUUCUUUCAGAAACUGACCCACUUAGCCAAGGAAAUGACAAGUUGCCCUUUAAGGCAAGCUCUGCCAGAUCACAGCUGGGAAAUUCUUCAGUUUCACACCCAAAUAUUAUACAUACAGACUCAGAGAAUUUGCCAGAAACAGUUAAAGAAAACUUCCAGGAAGAAACUCCAGAAACAACGGCAAGUCCGAUAGAAUACCAAGAUAAGCUCUACUUGCACUUAAAGGAAAAUCUCAGCAAAGUAAAAGCAUACGCUGUGGAAAUCGGAAAGAAGAUUCCAGUCCCCGAUCAGUGUACCAUUGAAGAUUCUGUUAGAAGUUGUGUAGCAAAGUUGUUCUUUACCUGCUCCCUGAAGGGUCACUACUGCCUCUACAGUAAAUCCAGUUUUAUUCUCAUCAGCCAAGAACCUCAGCCGUGGAUCCAGAUCAUGUUCCUCUUUCAGCAGAGCCUGUUUCCUGAGCCCCUGUCCAUACAGAGUCACUCUGUACAGUUUCUCAGAGCUCUGUGGGAGAAGACCCAGGCAGACGGCACUCACAGCUUUGAAACAGCCAUGAUGGAGUCCAUGUUUCCACAGCAGAAGGAUCUGGACCAGGUACAGCUCCAUCUGGAGGAAGUGAGAUUCUUUGACGUCUUUGGCUUCAGCGAAGCAGCAGGAGCGUGGCAAUGCUUCAUGUGCAACAAUCCUGAGAAAGCUUCCGUUGUAAAUCAAGAUGGCCAGCCUCUCAUAGAAGGAAAACUAAAAGAGAAGCAAGUCAGAUGGAAGUUCAUCAAAAGGUGGAAAACUCGUUACUUUACGCUGGCUGGAAAUCAACUUCUAUUUCAAAAAGGAAAGUCUAAAGACGAUCCCGAUGACUUCCCAAUAGAACUCAGCAAAGUACAGAGUGUGAAAGUUGUGGCCAGGAAACGCAGGGACCGCUCCCUCCCUCGAGCUUUUGAAAUCUUCACAGACAAUAAAACCUACGUUUUCAAGGCCAAGGAUGAGAAGGACGCAGAAGAUUGGCUCCAGUGCAUCAAUGUGGCGGUUGCCCAAGCAAAAGAGAGGGAAAGUAGAGAAGUAACCACGCAUCUGUAGGGAUUUGCAAGCCGACCGCAUGCUGAUUGUAUACAGCGGGCACUGCACUAUCGUUGCCAAUGUUAAGAAAAAGAUAAAUUCACCGAGUCACGUUGUGUUCUUCUAAGUACCGGUGGAACUGUUUUCCCUAAGAAGCAGGACCUAAAAGUGGCAGGAUUCUUACGCAUCUCCUGUUCUAACGGCGCCUGCGUUAACUCCAGAACACCUGUGUGAUGCGUACAGGGGAAGGAGCUGCAGAAGGUGUGGGGCGGAAAGGGGAGAGCCGGGGAUCCAGGAACGUCGUAGAUAUGCCAUGGUACGUUGUAAGAACACGACUUCACAAGAUACCUGAAAUACGCAUCCUGGGGAAAAAUGAAGCACUUCUGAUGAAAACCGCAGUCUGCCCAAAGUAUCAGAAGGAAAAAAAAGCUCUCUUGGGAAAAGUCAAAAUAAUGGACCCUGAGGGGAAAACAUAUAACUUACGUAUAGACAUACAAUUGUGUUUUUUCUCUCUAAUGCAAAUGAGGCUAACACAUGGUAAAAUGGUACUCAAGUGAAGACAGUUCUGUAAUUAAAUGUCUGUUUUUGAGAACAACUUAUAUGAUUAUUCCAUUUCGGUUCAUUUAACAUGAUCUAAAGUGUAGGUUCUUGGUUAUAUCUCCUGCCCAAGGCAGUGAGCGUAAGCUACGAUAGGCAUAGAGGACCAUUUUCACCAUCUUCAAAAUAUGGGCCAUUUCCAUUAAACUUUGAGAUGUUAAAGUUCUAUACCUUCCUUCUUUAUAGUCAAUCUUCUAAUAUCUCAAAAUUGUAUUUAAUGGUUUUUCCCAUCACUCAUAUUUAAAAAAUAAAUAAAUAAGCUGUGACGGGCAGAAUUACAGAAUGAUUCCCAACGGUCUACACCCUGACCCUCCCCUUGAGUGUGGUUCUAACUAAUAGAAUAUGGCAGAAGGUAUAGGAUAGUCUCUCCCAUGAUUAUGUUACAUUACAUGGCAAAGGUGAGAGAUUUUUGGUUCUUAAUCAGGUGACUUUGAGCAAGUCAAAAAUAUAUGGCCCUGGGUGGGCCUGACCUCAUCAGAUAAGCCCUUUAAAAAUGAGUGAACAAGUCAGAGACUCUCUCUUCCACUGGCCUUGAAUAAGCAAGCUGCCACAAGUUCUACAUCUUCAAGGGAAUGAAUUUUUCCAACAACCAGUGAGCUUGGAAGAAGAUCCCAGCCCCAGGCAACACCUUGAUUGCAGCUUUGCAAAACCCUGGGCAGAGGACCCAGCUAAGCUGUGCUUGGACAGCUGACCCAGGGGAACUUUGAGAUAAUAAAUAUAUGCUGUGCAAAGCUGCUAAGUGUGUGAAAAUUUGUUCCCUGGCGAUAGAUAAUUAAUACAAACACUAACUUGGAAUACAUAUAAAGGGUCAUUUUUUUCUUUAAAUUUUAUUGACCAUAUAGUCUAGUAUAGAAACCUAGAAAAAAAAUCUAAGUAGUCAAUAUUCUUACUUCUACCUUGACUCUACUGCCAACUCACUGGGAUAGGAAAUACAUAAGAGGCCAAGUUUGAGGAGAGAAACAAUUAAAUUUUAACAUGUAAAGUUUGAGGGUAUUGUGAGUCACGAAUUUAUUACAAGUUGGAAACAGUUCUGUACGGCAAGAUUUUGCCCCACUGGAUUUGUGGAUGGUCACUGAAGAUGUGGAACUAACUGAAGUUACUCAAGGAGAAUAAGACAAAAGAACAAACAAGGGCUUCCUUGGAAUACCUAACGUUUAAACGAAGGGCCGCUGGAUUGGCCGGUCAGUUUCAGAGAUGUUAUAGACCAGGGGAAACAAUGUCACAAACACCAAAAAUAAGGUUUCAGGAAGAAGGGAGAGAUUAACAAUGUAAAAUCCUACAGUAAUCACUUAAGACAAAGAAUGACUUUUGCAGUUAGGAAGCAAUUUGUAUCAUUGGUAGGAACAAUUUCAUCGGAGUGAUGAAACAAAAGUCAAAUUUCAGUGGGUUGAAGGAUCAGCAGGAGAUUAGGAGUUUAAAGCAUAAUUGGGCAAUAUUUUCAACAAAUUGGGGCGGGGAUACAGAAAGUGUUUUGUUGUUUGUUUUAAAAAUGUAUUAGACUUAAGGGGGGAAGAGUCUAACAUACAGUAAGAAAGAAGAAAAAUAACUUUGCUUGAGCAAAGUUUCUAGAAGUGAUAGAAAAGGAUUAAAAUUCAUGCCAUAGCAAUUUAUGGAACAGCUAAUAAGCAAUAGGUACCAUGUUUGGCCUGGAGAUACAAAAUAAAAGACCUGGCUCCUCCCUUCAAAGAGUUUACAGCGUAGUGGAAGAGGUGAUUGUGUACAACAAAAACUGAAAUGCUAAGGGGCAAGUGCCUUGAUAGAGGUUUGCCCAGGGGCCCGUAGAAAUGCAGGAGAAGGCACCAAUAUAAGUGACUUUGAACUCAAAGCAUGGCCUCCCUCACUGUUUCCCAGAGCUGUUAGAGAAGGAACUUGUCCAAAAGAAUUAAGCAAAGAGGGUCGUGGGCAGAUGAGGAGAAGAUGGCCUGUUGAGGGAACCAUGCUGCAAAAGCGUAGAAGGGAAAGGGAACAAAACAUAGUCCAUUUGCAAAACAGCAAGUCCUUAUGUAGGAUUGGAACAUAAGGGGGACUGUCAAGGAAUGGUGCAGAAUGAUGCUGGAGAGGCUUACGGGGCCAUAGCAUAAAGGGCUUGGUUCCAUGCUAAGGAUCUUGAAAUUUUUUCUUAAGAUGAUGAAGCACCAUUAAAAGGUUUUAAGAUUUGCAUUUAGAGAAAUAAUUUUGAUAGUGGUAUAGAGAAUUGAUUGUAGGGAAAUAAAAAAUUGUAUCGGAGAUCAUUUGGGUGUUUCUUGGAAAUGGUGAGGUCUACUAGUAGCAGAGGAGAUGGGAGUGGAAAUGCAGGAAAAAUAUCAAAUUAGUAAAAUGGAUUGGGUACUGGUGGAUUGGAUGGAGCCUAGGUAUAAGAAUGGGAAGGAAAGUAUCUCUGAUGAUCCCCGGGCACUUUCUUGGGAAAAUUGAUGCAUGAUGGUAGCAUUUACUGAGAGAGAAAAUUCCAAAGCUACAGCCUAAGAAGUGAGCCAAAUGGUAAAUUCAAUUUCAAUGUAUACAUUUAGAGUAUAGAUUGGUGAUUCAUAUUGGACUAGAGAGACAUUGCCUCCUGUGAAGUCAGACAGGAAAAGGCAAGAAUAGGUACAGUUAUAAAUGAGUCUCUAAAUAUUAUUUUGAAAUCUAGCAGCCCGUUCUUAAGAGUCACUUGGGUAACCCUAGCUGUUAAUUAGAAAAAACUGGUAACAAAGAGAAUAUUAAGUGACACUGCAUCAGUUAUUAAUAAUUGAAAUGCUAGCAAUGUGCUCAGACCUUUCAUAGCAGAGACAUUAUAGUAAAACUCAGCGUGGUUGUAUCCUGAUUCUGUUUUCACGGAAUGUUUAUCCCAAGAAAGAAGAGAAUUGCCUU